CAAACAAAAUGAGGAGGGUCCCCAAGAGAGGACGAUGUUUGCUCAAAACCCAAAUUCGGUUCUUGAUUCGAAUAUGCUCGCAUCGUGUCGCCUGUGUGCUCACUCACACAGUCACUGAGACUGAGGCAUCUGCUGCCGGAGUCUGUCCGAAUAUGCCGGUGCACCGGCGACCAAAGGGAACCUGAACCUCUCGCCUCCGACUUUGCAGUUCGCACACUCCCUCUCCGGCUUCGGAACACAGUCGAUUCAGCCGAAGCGAGGAGCGGAAGAGGAUCAGCUGCCACCAGGGGAUGGCGGGGGCGGCGUCCAUCCUCGCCCCUCUCCCUCUGAUCCCGCCGCCGGCACGCCCCAGGGCCGGGUUCCUCCCUCUCCGCCACCUGCACCGCCGCCGCCGCCUCCUCCCAUCCGCGCCACCAUCAUCCUCAUCCUCAUGUAGCGCCAGCGCCCCCUCCUCGUCCUCGUCGUGGCCGGUCCUGCUGCGGGAGCGGGACGACGGGCUGUACGACGAGGACGAGCCGCCGCCGGCCUCGGAGGCCGACUCGCGGCCGCGCCGCAUCGCGCUCUUCGUCGAGCCUUCCCCCUUCGCCUACGUCUCCGGGUACAAGAACCGCUUCCAGAACUUCAUCAAGCACCUCCGCGAGAUGGGCGACGAGGUCAUCGUCGUCACCACCCACGAGGGAGUGCCCGACGAGUUCCACGGGGCCAAGCUCGUCGGCUCCUGGAGCUUCCCUUGCCCAUGGUACCAGAAGGUCCCGCUCUCGCUCGCCCUCAGCCCCAGGAUCAUCGGGGAGGUCGCCAGGUUCAAGCCCGACAUUAUCCACGCAUCGUCACCAGGAAUCAUGGUGUUCGGAGCCCUGAUCAUAGCAAAGUUGCUCUGUGUCCCUCUAGUAAUGUCGUACCACACCCAUGUUCCAAUCUAUAUACCCAGAUAUACAUUCAGCUGGCUUGUCAAGCCCAUGUGGCUAAUUAUAAAAUUCCUGCACCGAGCUGCGGAUCUCACACUGGUACCAUCAGUUGCUAUUGGCAAGGACCUUCAAGCUGCUCGUGUUACAGCAGCCAACAAGAUACGCUUAUGGAACAAGGGUGUGGAUUCAGAAAGCUUCCAUCCUCGUUUUCGUAACCAGGAAAUGCGUUCAAGGCUAACGAACGGUGAACCAGACAAGCCACUGAUAAUCUAUGUUGGACGCCUGGGAGUUGAGAAAAGCUUAGAUUUUCAUAAGAGAGUUAUGGACCGACUUCCAGGAUCAAGAAUUGCAUUUAUUGGAGAUGGCCCAUUCAGGCCUGAACUCGAAGAGAUGUUUUCAGGAAUGCCUGCAGUUUUCACGGGGACGUUGCAAGGGGAAGAGCUGUCACAGGCCUAUGCCAGUGGGGAUGUGUUUGUGAUGCCUUCUGAAUCAGAGACGCUUGGUUUUGUUGUGCUGGAGGCGAUGUCGUCCGGAGUUCCGGUGGUCGCUGCUCGAGCGGGUGGUAUACCUGACAUUAUACCUGAGGACCAGGAGGGAAAGACCAGCUUUCUGUACACGCCAGGGGAUGUGGAUGAUUGUGUUGGCAAGAUUGAACGCCUCCUCUCCUGUGAAGAGUUGAGAGAGGCAAUGGGGAAGGCUGCCAGGAUAGAGAUGGAGAAGUUCGGCUGGAAGGCGGCGACGAGGAAGAUUCGGAACGAGCAGUACAGCGCCGCGAUUUGGUUCUGGCGCAAGAAGAGAUCACAGCUCUUGAGACCGGUCCAAUGGGUGGUACGGAGGAUCUUCAGGCCCGCUCCUGCUCAUGCUCCGGCCGUUACGGAUCAGUCAUAGGAGAUCCAUCGUAUCGAGUUCAUAGAAUCAAUCAUUGAGUUGAUUCCUUCAGUUUGGUCAGAUUGAAUCGUAGAAUGAAUCAAUGUGAAUAUGCAAUGCUCGAGUAAAUUGGAGGCGAGACAAGUAAAUCCAGUUUGCUCUGAUGGUAGACCGUAUAUUUUUGUAAGCCAGUACUGCUUCCUGUUGUACUGGCCGUAGUCUGGUGGAUUGCGGUGGCGUAUCCCUCUGGUGUUCGAAGUGGACGGUUCUGUAGGAACUGAAUUGUACAUCAAAAGUUCCAGCGCCGUGUGAAAGUUCCAA